AAUUUUUUCCCUAAGCCAUUCCAUGGGAAAAGAAAUUUUCCUGAAGUCCUUGGAGAAAUCGUGCUAUUUUAAGGGUUUACGUCAUACAUUUACGAUUCGGCCCUUAAUUCUCUCCACUGCAUUCCCCUAAAACGGAUUCUGCAAGAAAAUACACCACAAUGAUAAUCACAUGGAGGACCGAAACGAAAGCGAAGAGUGUCCUGCAUGCGAGAGAGCGUCCACACGUCAGCCCACUUGGGGAGGGCACUGCUGCUUAAAAUGCUGUGAAUGUGACAGCCAAUAGUCCAGACUGCCAGCGUGAAGAAGGUGAUGGGAUAAUCCAAGCAAACCUGCAGAGAAAAUGAGAGCACAGAUAUUGUGCCCGCAGAAAGAAGACGGACACCGGUAAAAGGCGCAAACGGAGCCGGGCGCUCUCAUCUACAAGUGACUGACCGAUUCUCCGAGACAUCCAGGGCGCACACCGACAGGGGAGAAACCGAGGACGGACCGUGGUUCCAGUGCCAUUACCCUCCAGGGGGGAAAGAUGACAGUGGUGCCCUCAGAUAAUCUGGAUGAGACUGUGGCACUUGCAGCCCUGUCCCAAGAUGUCUAUGAUCCCCAACAGGCGGACCAAGAAUGCUGCGAGAGGGUGGUCAUCAACAUCUCCGGGCUACGCUUCGAGACACAACUUAAAACCCUUGCCCAGUUCCCCAACACCUUGCUGGGGGACCCGAGAAAAAGAAUGCGUUUUUUUGAUCCGCUAAGAAAUGAAUACUUCUUUGACAGAAAUCGACCCAGCUUUGAUGCCAUCCUCUAUUAUUACCAAUCUGGAGGACGGCUUAGGAGACCCGUGAACGUACCCGUGGACAUAUUUAUGGAGGAAAUUAAAUUCUACGAAUUGGGAGAGGAAGUCAUCGAAAAUUUCAAGGAAGACGAAGGGUUCAUCAAAGAAGAAGAACGUCCUUUGCCAGAAAACGAAUUUCAGCGUCAGGUCUGGCUCUUGUUUGAAUAUCCCGAGAGUUCAGGACCAGCCAGGGGAAUUGCAAUAAUUUCUGUUCUUGUGAUCUUGAUUUCAAUUGUGAUUUUCUGCUUGGAAACCCUGCCGGAGUUCAGGGAGGAAAACAGAUAUCCCGAGGAUUUCCUUCAUGUGAACGGGACUACUCACAUGAAGAAGCCAAAUCCGUUCACAGACCCUUUCUUCAUAGUUGAAACACUGUGCAUCAUCUGGUUUUCUUUCGAGCUGUUGGUGAGGUUCUUUGCCUGCCCCAGCAAGCCCGCCUUCUUCAAAAACAUUAUGAAUACCAUCGAUAUCGUUGCAAUUAUGCCCUAUUUCAUCACGCUGGGUUUGGAGCUCGCAGAACAUCAAGGGAACGGGCAACAAGCGAUGUCUUUGGCAAUACUGAGGGUGAUUCGUCUGGUGCGUGUCUUUAGGAUCUUCAAGCUCUCCAGGCACUCGAAGGGUCUGCAGAUCCUUGGAAAGACCCUCCAGGCUAGCAUGAGAGAACUGGGUCUCUUGAUAUUCUUCCUUUUCAUCGGGGUCAUCUUGUUUUCAAGCGCGGUGUACUUUGCUGAGACCGAUGACCCAGAGUCGGGAUUCAGCAGUAUCCCCGAUGCUUUCUGGUGGGCUGUGGUGUCCAUGACUACUGUGGGCUACGGGGACAUGUGCCCAGUCACAAUCGGCGGCAAAAUAGUGGGUUCGUUGUGUGCUAUUGCCGGUGUACUUACCAUCGCUCUGCCCGUCCCUGUGAUCGUCUCAAAUUUCAACUAUUUCUACCACAGAGAAACGGAGCACGAGGAGCAAUUUGAGUACACGCAUGUAACAUGUGGACAGCAGCAGCCCUCGUUUGGAGAAUUCAAGAAGAGUGACAGCAAGCCUUCCCUUGCGAAAUCCGACUACCUGGAUUCAGACGAUUACGAUGCAUUCAAAUUUACAAACUGUAGCCCAAACAAAGUGUACACGGGCAAGCUGACUGAUGUAUGACUGUUCACCACAGCAGAAAUGAAGUAGAGAAACAUGCGUUUCUGAGACGGAAGGCCAGCCUAUGUUCCAUAUCUCCCCUACGAAAUCCACAGAUUAUGAAGAGAAACAUGCUCUCGACGACGCCCCCAACCCCCCCUCCCCCCCCAGAAAAAGACUUGCCAUCUGGCAAAAGACCUUGAUUCACUUUAUUUUUCCUCUUUGCGGAGAAGCUAGCAGACAGUCUGCUAGCAUUAGCCAGCGUUAAUGUCACAAGAGGCCCAGGCUGUGAGAUGCUCUCAUGUCUGGCUUGGAUUAUUGACCGUGUGUCGAUCCCGACGAUAAGGCCAGGUGGGCCGGGGAUGAUGGCCGCAACCAGGACGUGCAGCGAGGAGCGAGCAGGGACAUGCCGAGAAAGUUACUUGGAUCAGCGAGCACGUGCAUUACUUGCUGAACAUGAAAACCCUUAGAAAACCGUCUGGGAGAAGAAGAGGAGCGAUGGGAGACAGCGGGGGGCUGUCAGAAUACGCUGUACAUUGCAGAUUAUGUGCUGUACCAAAACAUACUGCAUGCUUGAGAAGUAGGGCAUGUAAACAGGUGAAAACUAAAGUUCUUGUUCUGUGACAGUAACUCAAAACUGCACCAAUAGCAAAAGUCUAUCUUGUGGGAACAAGUCAUUGAUAGAUAUGUAUACAUAUGACAAACAUAUAUAUAGAUAGAUUCAUUAUGACGCUUGAGAUGUGAGGUUAACAUUGUCGAAUCUAUUUUUUUAAUUAUCAUGUGUUUUCUACGAUGGUAUUUGAUUUGACAGCUGACUUGUUUUAAAGUUUCAAACAUUUUCUUUGCGACGUGAUUAUGUUUUUAAUUUGUCUGGAUGAAGUGGCAGGUUGUCAGGGGGUGGGGGGGGGGGGGGAUCGCAGUGUGACUUAAGGGAACCCUUUCCUGCACGUGAAUGUUGCUGCGGGAAACUGCAGAAGCACGGACACGCCGUGGGCGUUUGGCACCGCAAGCAGUUGAUUUUGCAAUAUUUUAUAGCUGUUAUUACUAUGAUCUGAAUGCUGUAUCACUGUUAUCGAAGACAUCUACCUCAGCGUGCAUGUUCCAUUUUCAAAGGAAGCUUUAACCUGAUGCGUGUUGGCCGAAGCAGACAGUCGUACCCACUAUACUAAAUCUGCAGUUAUAUGGGCGAUUUAUCAUUUAUCAUAUAUGAUACCCACAUGAACAUAUUAGAAGUCAGGCAGAGGUACUGAUAAUAAGCCAUGCAUGAAAUGAAGUGUUCUGCAGCACUUCUGUGGGGUACGACCCUUUAAACAGACAGCUGGUAGGCAGGUACGGCUCCGAUAUGCAAACACGCGUCUGGCAGUCAGCAGGCGUUGGUGGAGGCUAAAUAUGAAAAACGCCUCCACAUCCUGAUUGCGCGCUAAC